GGGCAAACAAGCCAAAGGCAUCAAAGCAGGAGCCCUAGUAGUGCAUCCCUCGAAACGGUGACCUUGAGCUGUAGCGAGCGGCAGGAGGUGAAGCGGUUCCACGUGUUUCGCCAUGCUGGCUUUGACAUGAAAAAUCACACGAGCAAGAAGCGACAGCACCUUUCAACGUCGGAAAUCGUGCUGGCGUUCCCGGAAGCCUCUGCUGGCGCGACAGGGGAACAAAACGUCAAGACUUUUAAACUGUACAUUAAGGCUCAGCUUUCAAUGGUCAUUGGGGUUGGUCACUGAGAUCCCUCUUGAGAAAACAGGGGAAAAUGAAGGAAAAGCAAAGGGAGAGGCAUGGGGCCCAUUUCUUUCAGAGUCAGUGACCAUUGAAUGCUGGGCUUUAAGUACAACUUUCUGCCGAUAUGCAAUAGCGACUUCCCUUUCGUAGCCAACUUGGACCUGCUGCUGACCGCAAGCCGCACGGACAUCCACCAGGACGAGGAUUGGAACAAAC